AUGGCCAAGUUGGUGGUUCACAACGAAUCUCUCGUACAGGAGUUAUACCAUCUCGAGAAUUUUACCUCGCUUGUAUAUUUCAAGCCAGAAGAGCCGAAACAACCCGACACAUAUGAACAGUACAAAACAGAAUUCUCAUUAUGGCCGAAAAUCGACGAGGCGAAACUGGGUAGAAGGAGUCGCAGGCUCACAGAAAACAGCGACCCGUUGAAAUUAGAGAUUGAAAAGAUAAUAGAGCGGGAUCGUAGCGAGUCAGUCCAGCCCACAGAGCCGGUGGAAGCGAAGAAACCCGCAGUUAAAAAAACAAAGGAAGCGUCAAUCAAGUCUGAAUUUGAGCCUGAGGUGGAAGAUUUUGCUUUUGAAAGUGACAGCUCCGAGGUCUCUAUUCCACCUGUGACGCCCACAAACAUCAAAAAGCUACAUUUCAAGGUGAACGUCAGGCCGCAGCUGGUAACACACCCUUCACAUGUCACGUCCCCCAGGUUUGGAAGUUUAGAGGAGUUUCUAAGCUCUUACAGGUCUACAAUCGAAGAGCCUAGUCGAGAUUUGUCGAAUGAAGAGUACCAGGAAUACUUGAACGCGCAGUACGAGCUGAUCAACAAGAUUCGCGAAGGUCUUGACUCGAAGCUUUUGACGCUUGAUUUUAACGAAAACGUCUUCAGGGCCGUUCCUCAGGGUUUUCGGGAGCCAACCAUGAUAAAGAAAAAUGCGCAGUACAGUUUGAAUCAUUACAAGCCACCCCCCGAGCCUUUCAGGUCGAGGAACGAGCUCACCCACUAUGAUCAUCUUCUCGCACAGGGUAUGAGGUCGUCGAAGCUGAUCCACGACUUGCGAGCUUCGAGGAUCUCGAGGUGUCGUCGAAUUGCAGGAAUGAUCGAGUCGCACUUCAAGAAGCUUUCCCAGGAACAGGAGAGGAAAGAGCGCGAGUUUGAGAAGAAGAUUGCCAAGCUGGCUAGAGAUACAGCCAAGGAGGUGAAGAAAAAAUGGUUGGUGGCCGUGAAAGCGUACAAAAUUCUGGAGGAGCGGGAAAAAGAGCGAGAACGUGCAGUCAAAAGCAAGGAGCAGCUUUCCAAGAUUCUGGACCAGAGCACCAAGAUGUUGGGUGCCCAGGUCGGGAAAAGAAGCGUGACUCCCACGUCAAGACAGCAUAGUGUUGUUUCUGAGCAGUCUCAGGCAGACAGCGACGAUGAGUCAGGUUCGGACGACGACGAAAACAUGAGCUCGAGCAGCAGCGAGGACAACGAGGAGGAAGGAAAUGGCCAGCUCAAAGAUGACAGCAAACUCACAGUUGAGGAGCUGCGCGAAAAGUACAAGGAUUUGGACAAAGUGUCUGCAGAGCCGGAUUCUGACGAUGAUUCUGAAGCAGAGGAGCCAGAUACGUUGGCCUCAUUAUACGGAGUUGAAUCCAAUGGAGAACACAAGAAGAUCAGCGUUGUUGACCAACUUACCGACGAGCAGAAAAAGAAGCUGAUGGAGGAGUCGAAUAACCCGCUCUUGGACGAAAGCGACGAUAGCGACGACUCUAUGUCGGACUCAUCCGAAACUGAGUCUUCGGAGGAAGAAGUUUCAUCGGAUGAGUCGCAACCGGGACUGGCUUCUCUUUUUGGCAAUAAUAUCAAAGACGAGCCAGGAGAGGCAAUCACGCCUCCUUCGUCGGACGAGAUGGAGGUGGACGGAGACAAUCCUGCGAUUCCAGACGUUCCUGUGCCUAUUCUUCUUCGCGGAACAUUGAGAGAGUAUCAAAAACAGGGUCUCAACUGGCUGGCCUCUUUAUACAACACAGGAACCAAUGGUAUUCUCGCUGAUGAGAUGGGUCUGGGAAAGACUAUUCAGACAAUCUCGCUAAUCUCGUAUCUGGCGUGCGAAAAGAAUAUAUGGGGACCACAUUUGAUUGUUGUGCCCACGUCGGUGAUGCUCAACUGGGAGAUGGAAUUCAAACGGUUUGCGCCGGGAUUCAAGGUGUUGACGUACUAUGGCAAUCCCCAGCAAAGAAAGGAGAAGAGAAGGGGCUGGAAUACACCAGAUACUUUCCAUGUCUGCAUCACGUCGUAUCAACUGGUUGUUCAAGAUCACUCUGUCUUCAGAAGAAAAAAAUGGCGGUAUAUGAUUCUUGAUGAAGCACAUAACAUCAAGAAUUUCCGCUCUCAAAGAUGGAAGGCCCUGUUGAAUUUCAACACCGAAAACCGGUUACUUCUGACGGGUACACCUUUGCAGAACAACAUCAUGGAAUUGUGGUCUCUGCUGUACUUUUUGAUGCCGUCUUCAAAGGCCGACCAGAUGAUGCCAGAUGGCUUUGCAAAUUUAAUGGAUUUCCAACAGUGGUUCGGACGCCCGGUGGACAAAAUCAUACAAGGAGGAGGAUAUGGUGGCGGACAGGAAGAUGACGAGACGAAGGAGACUGUCAACAAGUUGCAUCAGGUUCUGCGUCCAUAUCUUCUGAGAAGAUUGAAGCAGGACGUCGAAAAACAGAUGCCUGCUAAAUAUGAGCACAUUGUCUACUGUCGUCUGUCCAAAAGACAAAGAUUGCUCUAUGACGACUUUAUGAGUCGUGCUCAAACGAGAGAGACGCUGGCGAGUGGUAACUUCCUGAGUAUUAUCAACUGUCUGAUGCAGUUGCGGAAAGUUUGCAACCAUCCGGAUUUGUUUGAGGUGAGACCUAUUUUGACCAGUUUGGCAAUGGAGAAAAAUGUGGCCAGUAGUUUUGAUCUGAACGACCUGGUUAUUCGGAAGCAUUUGAGAAAAUCUCAAAAGCCUAGUGUGGAUCUAAAUUUUUUGAACUUGACUCCCGCAGAAGACUUCACAUGGAACUCUUUCAAUGUCGAAAGCUUGAGAAAAGUGUCUGCCUCGCGCCAGUUCAGCGAGGAAAUCCAGAAAUUGGAGGCCAACCUGAAGCCAGUUGAAGCCAACUUCGAAAGCCUGACCCAGUACUAUGAGCACCUGAAAUACAAGGAGCAGGCAGAAUUGAUUGACCUGUUCAAACAGAGGCUUUAUGUGAACAAUUUUAAUUGCGAAAAAAAUCCUAUCUACUCCUCCAAUCUUCUUGAUUUGGUGAAGUUUAAUAGAUACUCAAAGGAAAAUUUCAACCAGCUGGAGGAAUUGAAGCUCGUUCAGUCUGUAAGCACACGCGCCGAGACCGUGAGUGACACAAUCGAGAAAUAUGCUUUUGUCACGCCCAAAGUCGUUACGCAGAAUACACUCGACUUGGAGAUUCCAGAGCCUGUCCAAAACGAGAUAAGACAGUUGAAACUUGAUAAUCCAUUCCACCAAGCUCAAAUCAAGCUUUCCAUCACGUUCCCGGACAAGUCUUUGCUCCAGUACGACUGUGGAAAAUUGCAAAAGCUCGCUAGUCUCUUGCAGGAUCUGAUUCCAAAAGGUCACAGAGUUCUCAUUUUCACACAGAUGACAAAAGUGCUGGACAUUCUGGAAAAAUUCAUGAAUUACAAUGGCUACAAGUAUAUGAGACUGGAUGGCGCGACCAAGAUAGAAGAUAGACAGCUGUUGACAGAACGUUUCAACAAGGACCCGAAAAUCAAAUGUUUCAUUCUGAGUACCAGAUCUGGAGGUCUGGGAAUCAAUCUGACUGGAGCAGACACCGUCAUAUUUUACGACUCGGACUGGAACCCUGCCAUGGAUAAACAGUGUCAGGACCGGUGUCACAGAAUUGGACAAACGAGAGAUGUGCACAUCUACCGAUUCGUUUCGGAGUACACGAUUGAGUCGAACAUUUUGAAGAAAGCGAACCAGAAACGUCAGCUGGACAACGUUGUCAUUCAGGAAGGAGAUUUCACGACCGAUUACUUCAGCAAGAUCACAGUGAAAGAUCUUUUCGGAGAAGGCUCCGAGGAUUCUCCGGGCGAUGCGAAGCCCCUGAUAGCAAACGACCAAGGAAAGUCGGAGAACGAGCUUGCAAAGGUUUUGGAGCAGGCUGAGGACGCAGAAGAUGCACAGGCUGCCGAGGUGGCGAUGAAGGAGGUGAAUCUGGAUAAUAACGAUUUUACUGAGGACCAGAAUGUUCUAGCAAGCACAAAGAGUCCGAGCGUUGUUGGCCAAACACGACAAAACUCUGCCGAGCCUGACGACUUUGUGAAACGAAUUGAGUCCAAGGAGGAUGAAGAGGAGGAAGAAGACGACGGUAUUGGUCACAUUGACGAGUACAUGAUCCGGUUUAUUGCUGGAGGCUUCUAUUUCGAUUAA